AUGUCGUUAGAAUCUGUAAGCGAAACUAAUCAUCAUCAUCAUCAUCUUCAACAUAAGAAUAUUCAUUAUGGAAAGCCAUAUUUUGCUGUACUUCUGGCUGCUUUUUCUUCAUUGGGCGGAUGGUUUUUUGGCUAUGAUCAAGGUGUUACUGGUGGUAUAGUUAUCAUGCAUUCAUUUAAAAAUGACUUUUGUAUUGGAGUGUAUGCCAAUACAACCGUCUGUGAUCUUUCAAUAGCUGCUUUGCCUCCUGACUACAGACAAUUUUUAGUACUUUUUACGUUAAUGUAUAAUCUCGGAUGUUUUAUUGGUGCUCUAUUCAUUUCUUCAUUUGUGGCAGAAAAAUUCGGACGUCGAGCCAUUAUUUUCACUUCAACAGUUCUGUUUAUAAUCGGAACUUCAAUGGUUAUUUUACCACCGGGAGGUUCAAAAACGAUAAUGAUUUUCAUAUUGAUUGGACGGAUUGUCGAAGGCACAGGCGUUGGUUGUUCUUCAUUUUCCUGUCCACUAUACGCUUCAGAAAUAGCUCCAACACAUCUUCGUGGAAUGUUGUCCGGCUUUAUGACAAUGGGCAUAGUAACUGGUUUGUUUGCUGCCAAUGUGGUUAAUUUCUUUUUACAAAAUCAUAAAUGGGGCUGGCGAUUGUCAAAUGGCAUUAUUUUAAUUGCACCGUUUAUUCUUAUGGUGGGAAUAUUUUUUUGUCCUGAAACUCCUCGAUGGUUAUUCAAGAAAAAAGGUCGAGAAUCGGCAGAGAAAAGUUUAAGACGUAUUCGUAAAACAUACGAUGUAACUGCUGAGUUAAACGCUAUUGCCGAUGCUGUACAAGAAGAAGGCAAUGAAAUUUCAAUCAAAGAACUAUUUACAACAAAGAAAAUGCUGACAAGACUUGGCAUAGGUAUGGGUAUACAUGUUUUUCUGCAAACAUCGGGUAUUAGUCCUAUAUUUGCAUUUGGUGGCAUUAUUUUUCAAAGUGUUCUUGGAUCAGGUAUCAUACCAUUAUUGAUUUUGUCUGGUGCAAACAUGCUUAGUACAAUACCAGCCUUAUUCUUGUUUGAUAGACUCGGGCGUCGAAACCUUCUUAUGUUUUGUGGCUUAGGUAUGGUAGUUGGUCAUCUUGUAGCAGCUACAGCAUUUGCCACUGGUUGUAAUGUAGUCAAAACUGUCAUUAAUAAUAUUAUAGUGAAUGAAGAAGUGAACUGUGGAACAAAUGUCGGUAUAUUGAUGCUUAUCUUUUCAGUUAUUUAUAUAGUUUGUUUUGCACUUUCUUGGGGGGCAAUCUGCUGGAUUUAUGCAGCUGAGAUUUAUCCUCUUAAUGUUAGAGCUAGGGCAAUGUCAUUAACAACAGCGAGCCAUUGGUUUAUGUGUAUAAUUAUGGCUUACAUAUUGGAGUUAAUAGCACCAUUAGGAAUACAUGGAGUAUUUUAUAUUUUCGGUGGUAUGUGCCUGUUGGCUGUGGUAUUCGUAUAUUUUUUCUGUCCAGAAACGAAAGGAGUCUUACUAGAAGAUAUUGAAGAAGUGUUUGAUAAUUUUCAAUUGAAAGAUAGAACAAUAGUAAAAGUGUUGCGGAGAUCACCGUGUCAGCGAAAUACAAAAAAACCAUACAUAUAAUACACAAGAAAAUCAUUUCAAAUUUCAACUAUUUACGAAAAUACGUACAUUUGUAAGGAGAGUCAACAUGAUGGUGAUGGCUCUUUGAAAGUUUUAAAACUCGAAUCGAGAUAACUCAUUCUACACUUGUAUAUUUUUUUACGUUAAUGCUAAGCCCAAAACCCUUAAAUCUAGACGAUGACGUCUUUUUAUGCAUUUCCUUGAAUUAGUUUUUUUUUUGUUUUUUGAUAAUAUUAUCUUCAUUUGAGGCUAGUAAAAAUAAUAAAACUUCUCUUUGUUCGAAAACAAAAUCAACUGUUCUUUCAUCAACAUACAUAUUAGAAAUAUUUCUGCAUUUUAUUCAAAAGAUGUUAUGAAUAGUGUGUGGAUGUGGAUGUGGGUGUGAGUAUAUGUGUGGGUUUGGAUAUGGGUGGGUGUGGGUAUUCAAUUGUCCAUCAACACCCACACCUUAUGGAGAUCACCACCGAAUAUGCUGGAAAGACUUAUAGAAGCCACCGUUCUCUGACAAAAACAUCGAAAUAAAACAGUAUUGGUUUGACGUCAAGCUCUUAAUCACUUAAUAUUAAUUAAUUAAGUAUGAAACAGAAAAGUCCAACACUUAAUAUUCUCUGGUGGUCUAACGUAGUCAUGUGACGGACCCGCUCUUAAAAUCCAGUGAAAUCGGAUGAAAUUCAAAUUGAGAUGUUUUCUAUGGAUAAGAACAACAUCUUUCUCUCUAUCGAAGACAGUAGUAAGAAAAAAAACACUUUAUUGAACUGCAUUGAUCGGUUAUUUUCUCAUAAAAUACAAAAAUAGAAAAUUUACUUUUUGACACUUGUUACUUCGACUCUGUUUAUUGUAGAUUAAUGUUUCUGUUCAAGAGAAUAACUUAUAAAUAAUAGUAUCGGUGUAAUCAUCGUUUUGCGCAUAUGAUAAUCGUUGAGGCAACACCUGAACCGCCUGUUGAAAAUUUUAUCCAACAUGUAGACGAACUAUUAGAAUAGGCAAAUACGACACAAUUAGUGGUGUUCAAACACCAUGUACAACAAGAAGAAAAUGUUAUUGGCUGAUCACUGGCUAUAUCAUUGCCUGGAUAAUCCCAAUCGAAUGAUAUUGUCAUAUUUGAGCAAGAAUAGUACGCUAAAAUAAUGAUCAACAAUGAGUAGUAAUAAUCAAGAGAGAAAGAUAAGAAAACCUGUAGUGGUGAUAGUAGUUGAGGUGCUUGUGGUGCUGCUUGUAGUUGAAGUACUUGUGACAGUUCUGGGAGUCGUGGUUGAAUUAAUUAUGGUGGUAUUCAACGUAGAAAUAGCUGCAAAAGAAAAGAGAGAAUUAGAUUGAAGAAUAGACUAUUAUUCCGUUACAGCUAUAGAAACGAUUAUAUCCUUUUUUAAGUUCCCUUUAAAAUUAGUUAAUGAAUGAAAGAAGCCAUUCCUUUUAUGUUUGUGUUCUGCAAUAAAUUCUGACUAAGGUGAAGAUCUUACAGAAUCAAUAUUCAAAUUGAUCAAUUCAUACUUGUUGAAUUUGUUACUAAAUUUGUUGAGCUCGAUGUCAACCAGGAGGUCAUCACGACAGCCAAACCUAGUCCGCCCAAUAGCGAUCCAACAGUAAGACCCCCGAUUA